AAUCAAUAAAUGAUUUGACAACAUCAAUUCUUAUAAUUAAAGUUCAAAUUUGUGAUGAACAAGCCUGAAACUUUGUGUUUAAUAAAAAAUCACUUGUUGAAUAAAUAAAUUUCAAUUUCAUCAUUAAUCAUGUCGAUCGAACAAAGAAUCAAUCCAUAUCUAUCAGAAUGGAUAAUGGUUCAUGAACCAAUGAAUCAUACCGAAUGUAUACAUCUACUUGAAGAACGAUUUAUCCAAAGACGGCUUACUAAAUUGGAAGUCAUCGAACAUAUUUUAUCCAUGUUAAUUGGAUUCGAAUCCGAAUCAUUCAUUUGGAAUGAUAAGCAAAAACAAUUUGAACCGACCAAAUGUUAUUCAAUGACUAAUGUCAAUCUACAAUCAUAUCAAUCCUUUCUAUACAGAUUUGCUCCAAUCGGUACAAUGUAUCGUCGUAUGUCUACAUUUGUUGAAACGGAAUAUUUUCGUGGUAAAACCUUUUUUGCAUAUCAAAAUGUUCUUGGUAAAAUCCUUGGUGAAAUAAUGGAGAAAACCUUAAAAGCUCGACAACAUUUCAUCAAUUUGGCUGAUAUUCAUCCGGAUAAAAAUGUUCGAUUAAUUCUGGUCGAAUCAUUUUUAGAUUCCGAACAAAAUGAUCAGCUAUUGUUAUCGAUACGAAAUCUAUAUGCCAUUCAUCAGGAAAUCAUAAUGAAUCGUAAUGACCAACAGAAUCAAUCCGAUGAAUCAACAAAAUUAUCCGAUUCAUUAUUUCAAAUGGAAACAAAUCUUCAUCGACAUUAUUGUCGUCAAACAUUGAAUGCCAUACAUAAACGUCUGUCGAUACCUGAUGUACGAAUUCGUAGUUUAGCCUAUACGAUGCUUGAUCAUUGUUUGCGGAUAAUGUUCAUAUCAUUAGAAACGAUGCUCAAAUCAUUGGAUUCUUUAUCAGAAAUUCAAUCAAAUGAAUUUUUAUUUGAAUCAAAAUUUCGUUCAAAAAAUCAAUUAUAUCAUACUGUUUGUAAGAUGGCCGAAAUGUGUAAAUUUUGGCAUGAUUUUCUUUUCGUCGACGAACAAUUCAAAUCACUGCAUUUAUUUCAAUUCGAAUCAUUACAAUUGAUGGCUGAAGCUAUAAAAUGUGCAUUUGUAAGUCGUAUAAAUCAUCUUCGACUUGAAUCAUUGGAUCGAUUUACAUCGAUUCGAAUUAUGGAUUUAUUUCGUUCAAUAAUGUCUCGAUUGCUCAAGAUUAAUUGUCGAAAUUCGGAUCACGAAAUAUUCGAUAUUGAUUGUGAUUCAUAUGAAAUUCAUAUUGAAUCAAAUCUGAUGGAAUAUCAUGUACGACGGUUUAAAACGUUUCGUUUACCAUUAAAUACUGUAUUGAAUAUUACCGAUAUAUUGAAUGAAGCAUUGAAUGAAACAUUCGAAACAAUAAGUCGACCAAUUGUAUUGGAAUUCUUGCCGAAAUUUCGUCACCAUUAUUUACGGCUAUUUAAUUAUUAUACAAAUUUUUUUCUCUGUCAAAAUGUCCACCAUACAUUACUGUAUAUGUAUUUUUUGUUUCCCGUAUUGAAAGAUCAUCUUCAUCGGGCACGUCAUCAUCGUUCAUUUUCAGAAUUGGAUUCAUUAAUGAAACAAAUUCAUCAUUCAUAUCUACAUAAUGAUGAUCAUGAUGAUGGUCUUGAUUUUUUCGAACCACAUAUUUCAAUGACAAUUCAAACGGAAAAAUUUAAAGACUAUUUCAACACUAACAAUGAUUUCGAUUGGAUUAUACAUUCAUUCGAUAUAUUCUAUUAUGUACCAUCAUCAUCGAUUUUCAUUAAUGAUAAUGGAUAUUCAUUUGAUUUAUCGCAAAAAAAAAGAAAACGAACAAAAAUUACCGUUGAUGAUCAUCAUGAUGAAAUUGAUAAUUUUUGGCCAUUAACACUCAUGUUUAAUGCAAAAAUUAAUGAUCUUUUCAAUGAAAUGUUUCAAUUUCUACUUCGGUUACGAUAUUUUCAAUAUCUAAUUGGUAAUGAUUUUCUAUUAUCAUCAAAAUUUCGUUAUAAUGAUCUGCAGAAAAAUAUCUAUCUUUUUCGAUUUCGUUUGGCUAAUCUUAUAUUUCAAUUUGGUUAUCAAAUGGAAUAUCGUUUAAAAGAAUUAAUACAACAAACUGUGUAUCGUUUUCAGAAUGAUACCCGCAAUAUUGAAGGAUGUUUUCAGGUACAUCAAAAAUUUCUAGAAAAACUUGAACAAAUUAAAUCACGUGUAAUUGAAUCCGAUUUUAUACGGCAACAAUUUCGUACUAUUGCUAAAUUUUGUCAUUCAAAUUCAGAUGUACAAUCAUUAACGGACACAACCGUAAAGAAUCGUCGCCGUUCUAUUGUUGAUAAUAUAAAUCAAUUGGAUCGUGUUAGAGGUGAAGAUUUUAUUAUUUGAAAUUUUAAAAUCAUCAUCAAUAUUUAUUUAUAUUCAAUUUAAUU